GUAAGAAUAUCUUGUAGAGAAGAUCAAAUUUCAGCAACUCCUGGGAUCCUGGGACCCAUAUGACCUGAUAGGGUAGGAGGGCAUUUCUGGACCUCAGUUAGAGAGCUGAGGAGGGUGAUGGCUUAAGGACACUUCUGAACAAGAUUAUUGGACAAAAAGAGCAGAAACCAUCUGGAAGAUACCAUAGGCCAACCAGGACUGUGGGGAAUAUGAUAUUGUCAAAAUAGUAAGUGGAGGAAAGCUUAUUCUUUUGUUCCUGUGACUGGUGCUGGAACAUAGAACUUUGUGGGAAUUUUUUUUUCCAGAUCAGGAAGAUGGAAGUGGCCACGUCAGAACCAGAGGAUAGGACAAAUAAAAAAGAACAGGAGGGCUGUUGGCCUGCUGCUGUGCUGCUGAACAGUAUGCAGUCCUUUCGGGAGCAAAGCAGUUACCACGGAAACCAGCAGAGCUACCCACAGGAGGUACACAGCUCAUCCCGUAUAGAAGAGUUCAGCCCUCGUCAGGCCCAGAUGUUCCAGAAUUUUGGGGGAGCAGGUGGUGGUAGUGGUGGCACUGGCAGCAACAGUAGUGGACGUCGAGGAACAGCAGCUGCUGCCACAGCAAUGGCUAGUGAGACCUCUGGCCAUCAAGGCUAUCAGGGUUUCAGGAAAGAAGCUGGGGAAUUUUACUACAUGGCAGGCAACAAAGACCCCGUGGCAGCAGGAGCCCCACAGCCUCCUCAGCGAAGGCCUUCUGGUCCUGUGCAGAGCUAUGGCCCUCCCCAGGGAAGCAGCUUUGGCAAUCAGUAUGGGAGCGAGGGGCAUGUGAGCCAAUUUCAAGCACAGCACUCUGCCCUUGGUGGUGUGUCUCAUUAUCAGCAGGAUUACACAGGGCCUUUCUCUCCUGGGAGUGCUCAGUAUCAGCAGCAGGCAUCCAGCCAACAACAGCAACAACAGCAGCAGCAGCAACAGCAGCAGCAACAGCAGCAACAGCAGCAGCAAGUACAGCAGUUGAGACAACAGCUUUACCAAUCCCAUCAGCCUCUGCCCCAAGCCACUGGACAGCCGGCCUCUGGGUCAUCCCAUCUACAACCAAUGCAGCGGCCCUCAACUCUGCCAUCUUCUGCUGGUUAUCAGUUAAGAGUAGGUCAGUUUGGCCAACACUACCAGUCUUCUGCUUCUUCUUCUUCCUCCUCCUCCUUUCCUUCACCACAGCGUUUCAGUCAGUCUGGACAAAGCUAUGAUGGCAGUUAUAGUGUAAAUGCUGGAUCUCAGUAUGAAGGGCAUACUGUGGGUUCUAAUGCACAGGCUUAUGGAACACAACCAAAUUAUAGCUAUCAAUCUCAGUCUAUGAAGAAUUUUGAACAGACAAAGAUUCCACCAGGAACCCAGCAGGGGCAGCAGCAGCAACAACAGCAGCCACAACCUCAGCAGCAGCAGCAACAGCAGCAGCAGCAACAGCAACAGCAACAUCCCCCCCAGCAUGUGAUGCAGUAUACUAAUGCUGCCACCAAGCUGCCCUUGCAAAGCCAGGUGGGCCAGUACAACCAGCCUGAGGUUCCUGUAAGGUCCCCUAUGCAGUUUCAUCAGAACUUCAGCCCUAUUUCUAACCCUUCUCCAGCUGCUUCUGUGGUUCAGUCUCCAAGCUGUAGCUCUACCCCUUCUCCUCUCAUGCAGAGUGGUGAGAAUCUCCAGUGUGGGCAAGGCAAUGUGCCCAUGAGUUCCAGAAACCGAAUUUUACAGCUAAUGCCUCAACUCAGUCCAACCCCAUCAAUGAUGCCCAGUCCUAAUUCUCAUGCUGCAGGAUUCAAAGGGUUUGGAUUAGAAGGUGUGCCAGAAAAGCGGCUGACAGAUCCUGGGUUGAGUAGUUUGAGUGCUCUGAGUACUCAAGUGGCCAAUCUUCCUAAUACUGUCCAGCACAUGUUGCUUUCUGAUGCCUUGACACCUCAGAAGAAGACUUCCAAGAGGCCCUCAUCAUCAUCUAAGAAAGCAGAUAGCUGUACAAACUCAGAAGGCUCACAGCCUGAAGAACAACUGAAAUCCCCACUGGCAGAGUCAUUGGAUGGAGGUUGCUCCAGUAGUUCAGAAGAUCAAGGUGAGAGAGUGAGGCAACUAAGUGGCCAGAGCACUAGCUCUGACACCACCUACAAGUGUGGAGCUUCAGAGAAAGCUGGCUCUUCACCUACACAAGGUGCUCAGAAUGAGGCCCCUAGGCUCAGUACCAGUCCUGCAGCUAGGGAAGAAGCUGCGUCUCCAGGUGCUAAGGACACACCACUGUCUGAGGGGAACACAAAAGUUAAUGAGAAGACAGUUGGGGUGAUUGUCUCCCGGGAAGCCAUGACUGGUAGGGUAGAAAAAUCUGGUGGGCAAGAUAAAGGAUCCCAUGAGGAGGAUCCUGCUGCCAGUCAGAGACCACCUAGCAAUAGUGGUAUAAAGGAAACCAGCCACACAUCACUUCCACAGCCAGAUCCUCCAGCAGGAGGUAGCAAAGGAAACAAGAAUGGUGAUAAUAGCUCUAACCACAACGGAGAGGGAAAUAGUCAGAGUAGCCACUCUGCAGUAGGCCCAAGCUUCACAGGCAGGACUGAGCCUAGCAAAUCUCCUGGAAGUUUGCGCUACAGUUACAAAGAGAGUUUUGGGUCAGCUGUACCACGAAGUGUCAGUGGUUUCCCUCAGUAUCCUUCAGGACAAGAAAAGGGGGAUUUUGCCGGCCACGGGGAACGAAAGGGUAGAAAUGAGAAGUUCCCAAGUCUCCUACAGGAAGUGCUUCAGGGUUACCACCACCAUCCUGACAGAAGGUAUCCUAGAAGUGCUCAGGAACAUCAAGGGAUGACUAGUGGCCUGGAAGGAACUGCAAGGCCCAACAUCUUAGUCAGUCAAGCCAAUGAAUUAGCCAGCAGGGGCAUUCUGAACAAGAGCAUUGGAUCCCUGUUAGAAAAUCCCCACUGGGGACCAUGGGAAAGGAAGUCAAGCAGCACAGCUCCUGAAAUGAAACAGAUCAAUUUAUCUGACUAUCCCAUUCCCAGAAAGUUUGAGAUAGAACCUCCAUCAUCGACCCAUGAGCCUGGGGGCUCCCUUUCUGAAAGGAGGUCAGUGAUCUGUGAUAUUUCUCCACUAAGACAGAUUGUCAGGGACCCAGGGGCUCACUCAUUGGGACACAUGGGUGCUGAUGCCAGAAUUGGGAGGAGUGAGCGUCUCAACCCAAGUUUAAGUCAGUCAGUCAUUCUUCCAGGUGGGUUAGUGUCAAUGGAAACAAAACUGAAAUCCCAGAGUGGGCAGAUAAAAGAGGAAGACUUUGAGCAGUCUAAAUCUCAAGCUAGUUUCAACAAGAAAUCUGGAGACCACUGCCAUUCUACCAGCAUCAAGCAUGAGUCUUAUCGUGGCAAUGUCAGCCCUGGAGCAGCAGCCCAUGAUUCCAUUUCAGACUACGGCCCACAAGACAGUAGGUCCACACCAAUGCGGCGGGUCCCUGGUAGAGUUGGUAGCCGGGAGACUAUGAGGGGUCGGUCCUCUUCUCAGUACCAUGACUUUGCAGAAAAACUGAAGAUGUCUCCAGGCAGGAGCAGAGGCCCAGGGGCAGACCCUCAUCACAUGAAUCCACACAUGACCUUCUCAGAGAGGGCCAACAGGAGUUCUUUACAUGCUCCUUUUUCUCCCAACUCGGAAAGCCUGGCCUCUGCUUACCACACAAACACCAGGGCUCAUGCUUAUGGGGACCCUAAUACUAGUUUGAAUUCUCAGCUCCAUUAUAAGAGACAGAUGUACCAACAGCAACAAGAGGAGUAUAAAGAUUGGACCAGCAGUUCUGCUCAGGGAGUGAUUGCUGCUGCACAGCAUAGGCAAGAAGGGCCACGGAAGAGCCCACGGCAGCAGCAGUUUCUUGACAGAGUACGGAGCCCCCUGAAAAACGACAAAGAUGGUAUGAUGUAUGGCCCACCAGUAGGGACGUACCAUGACCCAAGCACUCAGGAAGCUGGGCGCUGUCUCAUGUCUAGUGACAGUCUGCCUGCCAAAGGCAUGGAAUUGAAGCACAGCUCUCAGAAGUUACAAGAGUCUUGUUGGGAUCUUUCUCGGCAGACUUCUCCAGGAAAAAGCAGUGGUCCUCCAGGAAUGUCUAAUCAGAAACGGUAUGGGCCACCUCAUGAGACAGAUGGACAUGCCCUAACUGAGUCUACACAGUCAUCCAAACCUAGUAACGUAAUGCUACGGCUACCAGGUCAAGAGGAUCAUUCUUCUCAAAAUCCCUUAAUCAUGCGGAGGCGGGUCCGUUCUUUUAUCUCUCCUAUUCCCAGUAAAAGACAGUCACAAGAUGUAAAAAACAGUAACACUGAUGAUAAAGGACGCCUCCACCCGUCAAAAGAAGGUGCCGAUAAGGCAUACAAUUCCUACACCCAUCUUUCUCACAGUCAGGAUAUCAAGUCUACCCCCAAGAGAGAUUCCUCCAAGGACUUUCCAAACCCAGACAAUAGAAACUGUCCUGCUGUUACCCUCACGAGCCCUGCUAAGACCAAAAUACUGCCCCCACGGAAGGGACGGGGAUUGAAAUUGGAAGCUAUAGUUCAGAAGAUCACAUCCCCAAAUAUUAGGAGGAGUGCAUCCACAAAUAGUGCUGAGACUGGGGGAGACACAGUCACACUGGAUGAUAUACUGUCUCUGAAGAGUGGUCCUCCUGAAGGUGGAACCGUGGCUGCUCAGGAGGCUGAGAUGGAGAAGAGAAAAGGUGAGGUGGUAUCUGACCUAGUCAGCACAACUAACCAGGAAUCAAAUGUUGAGAAGCCUCUUUCAGGGCCUUCAGAAGAGUGGCAUGGCAGUGGGGAUGACAAAGUCAAGACAGAGGCACAUGCAGAAACAGCUCCUACUGGAAAGGAACCUUCUGGUACUAUGACAUCCACAGCUUCACAGAAGUCUGGUGGUAACCAAGGGAGACCAGAUGGUUCCCUGGGUGGGGCAGCACCACUAAUCUUUCCUGACUCUAAGAAUGUAGCUCCAGUGGGCAUUUUGGCCCCUGAGGCAAACCCCAAGGCCGAAGAGAAAGAGAAUGAAACAGUCAUGGUUUCACCCAAACAAGAAAGUUUUCCCCCAAAAGGGUAUUUCCCAUCAGGAAAGAAAAAGGGGAGACCUAUUGGUAGUGUGAAUAAGCAAAAGAAACAGCAGCAGCCACCACCUCCACCUCCUCAACCUCUUCAGAUACCAGAAGGUUCUGCAGAUGGAGAGCCAAAGCCAAAAAAGCAGAGGCAAAGGAGGGAGAGAAGGAAGCCUGGGGCCCAGCCAAGGAAACGGAAAACCAAACAAGCAAUUCCCAUAGUAGAACCUCAAGAACCAGAGAUCAAGCUGAAGUAUGCUACCCAGCCACUAGAUAAAACUGAUGCCAAGAACAAGUCUUUUUUUCCUUACAUCCAUGUAGUAAAUAAAUGUGAGCUUGGAGCUGUUUGUACAAUCAUCAAUGCUGAAGAAGAAGAACAGACCAAAUUGGUAAGGAGCCGGAAGGGUCAGAGAUCUCUGACUCCUCCCCCCAGCAGCACAGAAAGCAAGGUGCUUCCAGCUUCAUCCUUCAUGCUUCAGGGGCCUGUGGUAACAGAAUCUUCUGUCAUGGGGCAUCUGGUUUGUUGUCUCUGUGGCAAGUGGGCCAGUUAUCGGAACAUGGGUGACCUCUUUGGACCCUUUUAUCCCCAAGAUUAUGCAGCCACUCUUCCGAAGAAUCCACCUCCUAAGAGAUCCACAGAAAUGCAGAGCAAGGUCAAGGUUCGGCACAAAAGCACUUCAAACGGUUCUAAAACAGACACUGAGGAGGAGGAGGAGCAGCAGCAGCAGAAGGAGCAGAGGAGCCUGGCUGCUCACCCUAGGUUCAAGCGGCGCCACAGGUCAGAAGACUGUGGUGGAGGCCCUCGGUCCCUGUCCAGGGGACUCCCUUGUAAAAAAGCAGCCACUGAGGGCAGCAGUGAAAAGGCUGCUUUGGACACAAAGCCCUCUGUACCUACCACUUCAGAAGGUGGUCCUGAGCUGGAGUUACAAAUCCCCGAACUACCUCUUGACAGCAAUGAAUUUUGGGUCCAUGAGGGUUGUAUUCUCUGGGCCAAUGGAAUCUACCUGGUCUGUGGCAGGCUGUAUGGCCUGCAGGAAGCGCUGGAAAUCGCCAGAGAGAUGAAAUGCUCGCACUGCCAGGAGGCUGGCGCUACCUUGGGCUGCUACAACAAAGGCUGCUCCUUCCGAUACCAUUACCCAUGUGCCAUUGAUGCAGAUUGUUUGCUACAUGAGGAGAACUUCUCGGUGAGGUGCCCCAAGCACAAGAACAAGACCGCGAAAGGCAGCCUCAGCACAGAGCAGUCGGAGCGGGGGUGAGGGGGGCAGUGUGCACGUGGGAAUGGACAGCAAGCACAGGUGAGACUGUGGAGAUGAGAAGGUGGUGGACACACAUGAUGGAAUGGAACCCUCCUGCUGUGCAACCAUACCCCCACCCUGCCCUACCCUGCACCCCCACUGCGCCUGCCCAUGCCAGCACUUCCUUCCUAUGUUCUCACAUCACAUUCAAACUGGUGACACCACAGAAAAGAAAGACACAAGAUGUUGGAAA